GAACUGCUGUAGAAGAACUUAGCUGAGUCUAGAAUUGCUUGGUGUUACAGAAGGCAGAUGUGAAAAAAAGACUGAAUGCUGCGAGAACAGUACUAUUGUCUGAGUUUCAGAAAGUGAAAAUAAGAAUCUGUGAAAAGCUGAGACUAUUAAGUAAAAAGAAUGUGAGCAUUAUGGUGAAGAAAAGAUGUUGCCAUCAACAUUAUAACACUGUCAUAGAAUUCCUCUAAAGAAUAGGAAAUAUUGCUGGUGUUGUGCGUUCUGGAAAUACCUUAACUACAGAUACCACCAGGGCUUUGCAAACAGGAAGAACAUGCUGCUGUUGUCUGCUUACUGACAGUAACCAUCUGGCCACUUCACUCAUGAUGUUUUCAUUCUCACGUUGUCCAAUUGGAAUUUGCUUAUACUGAUUUUUAAAAAGAGGAAUAAAUCAAAGUGGAGUACCGUAAACUUGACAUGGAAAAUAAAAAAAAAGACAAAGACAAACCGGAUGAAAGAAUGACACGGCCUAGUGGGAGAUCAGGCCAUAAUCCACGUGGAACUGGUUCUUCAAAUUCUGGAGUGUUAAUGGUUGGACCUAAUUUCAGAGUUGGUAAAAAAAUUGGAUGUGGUAAUUUUGGAGAACUACGAUUAGGAAAAAAUUUAUACACAAAUGACUAUGUGGCAAUUAAGCUGGAGCCAAUGAAGUCGAGAGCACCACAGCUACAUUUGGAAUACAGAUUCUACAAGCAGCUAGGAUCUGGAGAUGGAAUACCUCAGGUUUAUUAUUUUGGCCCAUGUGGCAAAUAUAAUGCUAUGGUGCUAGAACUACUUGGACCUAGUCUGGAAGAUUUAUUUGACUUGUGUGGUAGGACAUUUUCUCUUAAAACCGUUCUUAUGAUAGCCAUACAGUUGAUUUCUCGCAUGGAAUAUGUGCAUUCUAAGAACUUGAUAUACAGAGAUGUAAAACCUGAGAACUUCUUAAUAGGACGACCUGGAAACAAAACCCAGCAAAUUAUUCACAUUAUAGACUUUGGUUUGGCAAAGGAAUACGUAGAUCCAGAAACAAAGAAGCACAUACCAUAUCGAGAACACAAGAGCCUUACAGGAACAGCUAGAUACAUGAGUAUAAAUACACAUUUAGGAAAAGAGCAAAGUAGAAGAGAUGACUUGGAAGCUUUGGGUCAUAUGUUUAUGUAUUUUCUCAGAGGAAGUCUUCCAUGGCAAGGUUUAAAGGCAGAUACAUUAAAAGAACGUUACCAGAAAAUUGGAGACACUAAACGAGCAACUCCUAUAGAAGUAUUGUGUGAAAACUUCCCAGAGGAAAUGGCUACUUACCUACGUUACGUAAGAAGGUUAGAUUUUUUUGAAAAGCCAGACUACGACUACUUAAGAAAGCUCUUCACAGACUUACUUGAUCGGAAAGGCUAUAUGUUUGAUUAUGAGUAUGACUGGAUUGGCAAACAGUUGCCUACUCCAGUGGGUUCAAUGCAUUCAGACCCUGCAAUGUCUUCAAACAGAGAAGCAUAUCAGCACAGAGACAGAAUGCAACAAUCCAAAAAUCAGUCAACAGAACAUAGGGCAGCUUGGGACUCACAGCAAACCAAUCCACAUCAUUUGAGGGCUCACCUGGCAUCUGACAGACAUGGUGGCUCUGUACAGGUAGUAAGCUCAACAAAUGGAGAGCUGAACACAGAUGACCCAACUGCAGGUCGUUCAAAUGCACCCAUCACAGCUCCUCCAGAAGUAGAAGUAAUGGAUGAAACAAACUGCCAGAAAGUGUUGAACAUGUGUUAUGUAACUCUCAGAGCAGUUCUGGUCUGCCUCUGCCCACUGCUACUUUUUCAGUGACUGAGCAACAGGGUGCCUUGGAUAUUUUGAGAAGGUGCUGCUGCUUAUUCAAGCGGAGGAAAAGGAAAACCAUCCAGCGCAACAAAUGACUAGAGCCAAACAGAACAUGGGAAAAUGUUUAUUUGUUCGACUGUUGUCUUGUGAUCUUAAACCCAACAACAAAACCCAAAGCAAAAACCUCCAUAAUAAACACAUUUUCCAAGGACUCUCUAAGAAACAGUA